AUGACAGAAGCAGUUGCACGGAGGGACAUCUCUUCAUUAAAAGAGCUCUGCAAAGGACAUUUAAAGACAAGAAUUUUAGAGACAGCCUCAUUGGAUGAAAAGCUGUAUGGUGGUCACGUAUACUAUACUGCAUGCUCUGCAGAGUGCAAGAAUGCAGACACUUCAUGCUCCUCAGAAGUUGAAGAUGUGAAUGAAAUGGGAACAGCAGGAAUAAACUAUCUGGCACUUCUGAAAGGAUCAAUAACAAAUGAAAAUGAAGAAUGGCAUCAGCUGCCUAGGAUUAUAAAAGAGGUGCACUCUUUAAAAACAACACAUGAGCUAAGAGUAGGAUACGAAACUCUCUUACUUAUUGCCAAGCAGAUGAAAAAAGUAUCUUCACUAGGUGUGGCUGAGAAUGAAGCAGGCCAGACAGAAAAUACGCCUGCAUGCUUUCUUAAAGAAAAUGAAAAUAAUCUGGUUGUCUUGCUAAAUAGUACAAUGGGAAAUUCUCACUUUGUUAUCCGGAAUAUUAUUAAGAAUAUAAUGAAGGAGUUAGUGUCAUUUAGCAAAGAACCGUGCAUCCUCAGUAAUGAGAACUGGUCAUCCCAUACUAGAACAGAGAUUGCACUUGCCAUGAAGACAAUCACACUAACUGCAAGUGUGAGUGAUAUUGAGCAGUUAAAUAAUAAGAAAUCAGGAGAUAAGAUAGCAAAGUUGCUGCUUCUAUCAGACCAUGCGCAGUAUGCACCCCUCCUUAGUGGAGUAGACCUUACAUGUGUAGGGAGCAGAAAUAUUCGGAUGCUUGCAAGCAGACUGCCAGAUGUAGAACGUAAAGGAGUCUAUGAUAUUCUGUGCCGUCUUAAUUCUGUGAACUGUGUCUUUUUUUCUGAUGCACAGACUGUUCAUUCAGAGGAAAUGCACUGCAAAUGCUUUUCUGUGAAAAAUGAAAACGUGCGAGUGGAGUACUUUGAAAGCCUAAUGAAGGACCAGAGUGCAGUGGAAGAUAGGUUGGAUUUGAUCGUGCAGUAUCUGAUGCACAACCAGAUUCUCACCUCAAAGGAAAACCAGAAAAGACUCCGGCAGCUAUUCCAGACUCUAGUCCGAGUUAUUCGCCAUAAGGUUGUAACUAAGCAUAAAUACGUAGUAGAGAACAAAUUGGUCGAUGCAAAAAAUGAAAGAAGCAUGGGAUAUUUCAGACAGAUUAUUCAGAUUGUUUUGGCAAUGGCGCAUGGCACAAAUUACUGUAGACUGCUGCAGGGUCUCAACUAUUUAAAGAUCCUAACAGAAACAAAAGAUGUACAGGAAUAUAUACCUGAGUCUAAGCUUAGAGAAAUUCUUUUCAAAGCACUUGCAGAGACACACAAAGAAAUCCGAGAAAUAGCAGUACUCUUCAAAAUGGAUAUAUGUGUUGAGCAGGUUGAACGAAUAUUAGAGUGCUCGAAUAACAAUGAGCUGCAUGGAAUGGCUCUUCUGCUGGCUGCCAACAUAACUGAGCUGAAUAAAGAAAAGGUCACAGCCAUUUUCAAGAGCGCAUUGGAACGGAUGCGAUCUAACAAGGGAUCACCUACAAUAUAUAAGGAGAUCCAUGUGCUGUGGAGCAUAUUCAACUCCCUACCAGAAGAUAGGCUUUUCCUGGAGGGAAACAGACUAAAUCCAGUCCAUGUGGUAGAAACAAAAAAGAGAAAAGCAUUUGGUGUUUCAGAGAUAGAUAUUGCUCAGACAUACAAAAUAGACAUUCCUUACAAGAUAAGAGAGAUAUAUGCUGAGCUGAUUCUUCCAAUAUUCAGGAAAUCAUUGAAAGUCUUGCAGACCCGUGAGAUAUACCUUUCCGAAAACACAGAAGAGCCGCAUGGAGAGAAGCCAGAGAGUACAGAAAUCUCACACUCAGCAGACUACUUGCAAAACUGGUAUACAGUCCGAGAGUGCAUUAUGUUCAUCACAGUAUACGCAAUAACAAGCAGAGACAAAGGAUGCCUUGAUCUUUUGACUAAUGCCCUGCUGACAGUUGGCGGUCAUUUGGGAGUCAUUAUGACUGCGUCUGAUGCAAUUAAGUCUAUCCUGCUAUAUUAUGACUCACCGGAAGAAACCUUAGCAUAUGCAAAAAACGUGCUAAAUCUGGUCAUCACCAAGGACCUGAAGAAUAUUCGGCGAGAUGGUGGUAUACCGUAUGUAUUUAAGGCCUUGAGCGCAUCAGAGUGCAAUUCAAAAAGUAAGCUGGCAACACAUUAUAUUAUGAAAGAGGCAAUUCAACGGUCUUUUUCUCUUAUUGAGAACAGAUGGAUGUUCAAGCCAGUGCGUGAGAACUCUGAGCUAACAUUCACAGAAGAUCUAGGAAUAUCUGGUCUACAGGUAUCUAAGGCCUCCUUAGAUGCAACACCAGAAGUGUCUAAUGAAAAGUAUCUAAUUCACUACCUUAAUAUCCUGAAAAGCAUAUCAAGUGAUGGCAUAUUUAAGUAUGACAUGCGAGUAUACGAGCCUUCUUUGUUUCUGCUGUCUGCCUUGCUUAUGUCACACAGAGCCUGGAAGGUAAGAAAUACUUCUCUGAUGCUGUACACUACGCUUAUUAAGAAAAUGUGCAAAGAGGCCCUUAACACACAAGAAGAUGCAAGGUACUCGAAGAUCUCUGUCAAUCAGACUUCAAAGAAGGUGCUAUGCGACUGCCUCGAAUACUUUAACAUGUCUAAUGACCAGAAUGGAAUAUUCUCUUGUUUGGUCUUUUUCUCCCGUAUAAAUGAAAUUAGUGAAAGAGAAAGAGAAUUGCUAAAGAGCAUCAGAUGCACAUCCCUCUGCAAGAGAACCAGAAAAAAGAUAGAUCAGAUCUUAUAUAAAACCCCAGACCAAGAGGACAACCUUAUACUUAGCUCGCACAAAUUAGUACCUGCCCAUGUGAAAGACACUAUGGCUAGAGUCUCCUUAAAUAACAGCGAAAAUAGAAAGGAAUUCAAUGCACUCCAGAAGUGCGCAGGAAUCAGCAAUGAGUGCAUGUCUCUAGAGAGUGAACUGCUUGAGGUAAUUGGAAGCGAAGAUGAUAAUGUCAGAGAGUGGGCAGUAAGCCAAUACACUCCAGACCAUUCAUAUGAAUAUGCUCUCCAUAAAUUAAUUCGCACAGCAAAGUGCAAAGCAUGCCUGCAUAAAAGAAUAUCAUACACAAAUAACUCCACAGAGUGCAUUGCAGGAACUGAGCAGUUUCCAUCAGAAAGACUGAAUAUGUUUAGAGAUAUUCCAUACGAACUAUUUUUGCUGCAGGGUAACCAGAAGUCAACUGCCUAUGCAGAGAUAUAA